UCCUGCAAUUGACAGCGGGCUCAAACAGAACGCCCCUUGAGCUCUUUCAGCGUUUCCCUCUGCCACAACUUGGCCUGAGAAGGCACCCCUCCCUCCAGCCAACCCUGCGAUUCACUCACUGCCAGCAGCGAGGCGGAUGGGAGCUGCGAGAGGGAGAAGUGUCUGAAAUUUGGAGAUAUGACCGAAAGCCCGCAGGAACCCGGCCUCAACACAGGAAACGAAGCCGAGAGCCGGGAACAAGGGGAGAAGGCGGAGGGAGCCCAGCUCAACCUGCUGGAGACGUGCGCCGUCUGCAAGCUCAAUUUCCAAAGUCGAGAUCCCAAGCUGCUGCCAUGUCUGCACUCCUUCUGCAAGAAGUGUCUGCCCGAGCCCCUCAGGCACUUAGUGCUGCCGGGUGCAGCCGCCGCGGGCAGUCUGACAGAUUCCUCCCCUCCACAGCAUCAGCAGAUUGGUGUGAUCCGCUGUCCGGUUUGCCAUCAGGAAUGCAGGCAGCCAGAUAUCAUCGACAACUAUUUUGUCAAGGACACGACUGAAGUGCCCAGCAGCACGGAUGAGAAAUUCAACCAGGUGUGUACGAGCUGUGAGGACAAUGCCGAGGCCAGCGGCUUCUGUGUGGAGUGUCUUGAGUGGCUGUGUAAAACUUGCAUUGAGGCCCAUCAAAGAGUCAAGUUUACAAAGGACCACACUGUGAGGCAGAAGAAGGAUGUGUCACCAGAGGCGGUCAGUGUAUCCAACCAGCGAAUGCUCUUCUGUCCCAUCCACAGGCAGGAGCAGCUUAAACUCUUCUGUGAGACCUGUGAUCGGUUAACGUGUAGAGACUGUCAACUGCUGGAGCACAAGGAACACAGAUACCAGUUUCUGGAAGAGGCCUUUAAGAAUCAGAAAGUCAUCAUUGAUACGCUGACUGCCAAACUUCAGGAGAAACGAAACUACAUUCAGUAUGCAGCCACUCAGAUCCAGAACAGGAUUAAUGAAGUCAAUGAAAAUUGUAAGAAGGUCGAGCAAGACAUAAAAGUGGCCGUUUUCACACUCAUGAUCGAGAUCAACAAGAAAGGGAAAGCUUUGUUGCAGCAGCUGGAGAGUGUAACCAAAGACCGUCAAGCGAAACUCCUCCAGCAGCAACUGGAGAUCUCUGGGGUGUCCAAACAAGUGGAGCAUGUCAUGAACUUUGCCAAGUGGGCUAUCUCCAACAGGAGCAGCAUCGCCCUGCUCUACAGUAAAAGGCUGAUCACCUUUCAGCUGAGGUAUAUUCUCCGAGCCCGAUGUGACGCGUCACCGGUGGCAACCAGCUCUGUUCGAUUUCACUGCGACCCGACCUUCUGGGCCAAGAAUGUCCUCAACUUGGGUUCUUUGGUCUUGGACAAGAAUCCUCCAGCCUCCAGCAGUGGCCCGAACGUGUCCACGGGCCUGAGUAUGCCGUCCCAGGACAGUAACACAGCAAAGGUGCACGGCCAAAUUAACCUGGCCCAGCUUCGCCUCCAGCAUAUGCAGCAGCAGGUCAUGGCUCAGAGGAUUCAGCAGCGGAUGCACCAGAUGAGGCCUAUCCUGCCAGUCGCCCAGCAGCCUAGGCCUCCAGGCCCCCACUUAGGGCAGCAGCAGCAGCAGCCGCCUCUGUCUCCCAACAGCCAGUCCCUACAGCCGCCUCGCCUGAUCAGCCUCCAGAGCCUGCAGAGGAGCAACACCAACGUGCCCCCUCCCCCGGCCCAGCAGAUGCGCAUGCCUCCCAACACCAUCAGGAUGAUGGGGCCCCAGCAACACAUCGCUGCUACCAGCCCGCUAAUGAGACAGCACUACAAUCCUGGAAACGUGAGGCCCUUCCUAGUAGCCAGCUCGACAGCCCCCUCUUACCCUUCAAUGCUCUUUGUGACUGCAAGUGAGGCUUCCAAACACCUGAUUCCAAUGACUGAGCUGCUCCCAGCUGUUACCAACCCUGAGCAUCUCUCCUGCCUUCCCGAUAUACCUCAGAUUCAGCUGGAUGAUGCAGGGUCAGUGUUGCUGGAAAGCUUAUUGACCAGAGAGCGGAACGGCAACAGUGUGGCAGCAAGACCUUCGGCGACCAGUACCAACCCUUCCCCUGGUCCUUCCAUCCCUUCUCCUGGCCACUCAGGGUCAGUGACUGUCACCAACGUCCACGUCCCAGGGCGUACAUCCAGCACCUCCAGCACUGGUAGCAGAGGCAGUUGCACCUCAUCGAGUAGGCUCUCGAGACCAGAGUCCCAGCAGAUGACUCCAGUCGUUCGCUUGGAACCCAUUAAAAUCAAACAGGAGACAGUGACUGAGGAUGACCUCUGUGAUUUCCCCAUCAUUGUCGUGAAACAAGAGCCUGGGGAGGAAGAUACUGAUCCUUGUGAGCUGACCAAUCUGCAGGACAGCAACACCCCUCUCCUGCCCGGCAAGCUGGUGUCGGACGGGCAGAUGGUUGGCCACCGCGAUGGACUGGCUAAAGCGGACCCUCCAGAUAGCACGGCAUCCCCCUCCUCCAAUCCCGGGGACUCCCAGGAUCGGGGGGCCCAGCCCCCUGGUGCGUCUCACAAGCCUGCACGGGUCGGGGGAGACCAUGGGAAAGAGGAUGAUCCCAACGAGGACUGGUGCGCGGUCUGUCAGAACGGGGGUGACCUGCUGUGCUGUGAGAAGUGCCCCAAAGUGUUUCAUCUCGUCUGCCACGUGCCAGCUCUCCUCGGCUUUCCAAGCGGUGAAUGGAUCUGCACGUUUUGUCGAGACCCCGUGAACCCAGAAGUGAUGUAUGACUGCGAAGACCAGUGGCAAGUGGGUGAAAAGCGGAAAGUGGUUGCAGUCUCUGAGAUGGCCUCAGUCGAUCAAAGGAAAUGUGAGAACCUGCUGCUGUCCAUGUACUGUGAUGAACUGAGUGUUGCUUUCCAAGAGCCAGUUCCUGCCUCCGUUGUUCCUGACUAUUACAAGAUUAUAAAGAAGCCAAUGGACAUGUGCACUGUGAAGAUGAAACUGCAGAGGCAACACUCGCAGCACUAUCAUACGGCUGAGGAGUUUGUGGGUGAUAUCAGGCUGAUCUUUAAGAAUUGUGAAGAAUUCAAUGAGCCGGAUUCUGAGGUGGCCCAUGCUGGUAAGACCUUGGAGCAGAUCUUUGAGUCAAAGCUGAUGGCGCUGUUUCCAGACAGGACUUUCCCACCCUUGCCACCCACCAAAGUGGACAGUGAGAGUCCAAAGGUCAACAUUGACUCAGACGACGAUGACGACGAUGUGGUCCAGCCUCGACGAAAGCGUUGCAAAGGGAGAGACAGCCCUAUCUUCAUCAAAUGACUGUAAAACAAUCUUCUCUUGUUACAUAGACUUGGUGAUAAUUGUAAUAUUUGUAUCAUAGAAAUAAUAUUUAAGAAGCGAUGCUUGAAAUAUCUAGUUAGUGAUGAACACUAUUCUGUAUUAGAAGUACAAACCAGCAGGUGGUAAA